GCCGUGAGGGGAGCGCCCGGGGCAGCGCUGCCUCCGCCGCCGAGCAGCCGGGGCGCCCCGCCGCCAGCAACGCCCCCGGGGCGGGCGGGAGCAGCGCGGAGGAGCAGCGCCGUGCGGCGGCGGCGGAGGAGGAGGCGGCGGCCGCCGCGGGGAGAGGAGGAGGAGGAGGAAAGUUGGUGCGCCCGGCAGCGGACUGCGGAGAGCCGCCGCCGCCCCGGCCCGGAUGUGCCCCCGCCGCCGCCGCCUCCAGCACCGGGAGGGGAAGGACGGAGCGGAGCGCCGCUGGCAGCGGGGAGCCGGCGGCGGGCGGUAACACCUGGAGAAUCUGCGGAUUGACGCCGUGCCCUGCUGGAUCCGUGGGGAUUGUGGUGAGACCUUAAAGAAGUCCAAAAAGAGCGUCAGGUCAAACGGCAAGGCGCCAGGAUGCUCUGAGGCAGUGCCCCUGGCCCUGAAGAAGAAGAUGGCCGCAGAACUUUACCCUGCCAACACCAAUAUCGCCAACAGCAACGCCGCCGCCGCCGCCGGCAGCAAGAAGCCCGCGCUGCAGCUGCAGCAGAGCGCGCAGCCGCCCCCGCCGCCCCAGCUCCAGAACCUCAACAACAACAACUUGGAGAGCGCCAGCUGGCAGUCGUGCCACCCCACGCUGCGCGAGAGGAACGCGCUGAUGUUCAAUAACGAGCUCAUGGCUGACGUCCACUUCAUCGUGGGCCCGCCGGGGGCAUCCAAGAAAGUUCCUGCCCAUAAGUACGUGCUGGCAGUGGGCAGCUCCGUCUUCUACGCUAUGUUUUACGGCGAUCUCGCCGAGGUCAAAUCCGAAAUCCAUAUCCCAGAUGUGGAACCCGCAGCCUUUCUAAUCCUAUUAAAAUACAUGUACAGCGAUGAGAUAGACCUGGAAGCCGACACGGUGCUGGCGACGCUCUACGCUGCCAAGAAGUACAUCGUGCCGGCCCUGGCGAAGGCGUGCGUCAACUUUCUGGAGACGAGCUUGGAGGCAAAGAACGCUUGUGUCCUGCUGUCCCAGAGCCGGCUCUUCGAGGAGCCAGAGCUGACGCAGCGCUGCUGGGAGGUGAUCGAUGCUCAGGCCGAGAUGGCGCUCAAGUCGGAAGGGUUCUGCGAGAUCGACCUGCAGACGCUGGAGAUCAUCGUGACGCGGGAGGCCCUCAACACCAAGGAGGUGGUGGUGUUUGAGGCCGUUCUCAACUGGGCGGAGGCAGAGUGCAAGAGGCAGGGGCUGCCGGUGACGCCACGCAACAAGAGGAACGUGUUGGGGAAAGCGCUGUACUUGGUGCGGAUCCCCACGAUGACUUUGGAAGAGUUCGCCAACGGGGCGGCCCAGUCUGACAUCCUCACGCUGGAGGAGACGCACAACAUAUUCCUGUGGUACACGGCUGCCAACAAACCCAAACUCGAGUUUCCGCUGACAAAAAGGAAAGGACUGGUGCCGCAGCGCUGCCAUCGCUUUCAGUCGUCCGCGUACCGCAGUAACCAGUGGAGGUACCGGGGGCGGUGCGACAGUAUUCAGUUUGCUGUAGACAAACGGAUAUUUAUAGCGGGACUGGGAUUGUAUGGGUCGAGUUGUGGCAAAGCUGAAUACAGCGUCAAAAUUGAACUGAAGCGCUUAGGAGUUGUCCUUGCUCAGAAUCUGACAAAGUUUACCUCCGACGGCUCCAGUAAUACCUUCUCGGUGUGGUUUGAGCACCCGGUGCAGGUCGAGCAGGACACGUUUUACAAUGUAAGUGCCAUUCUGGACGGCAAUGAGCUCAGUUACUUCGGGCAGGAGGGAAUGACUGAAGUGCAGUGCGGGAAAGUGACCUUCCAGUUCCAGUGCUCCUCGGACAGCACCAACGGGACUGGGGUACAAGGAGGACAAAUCCCUGAGCUCAUUUUCUAUGCAUGAUGCAUUUCACCUUGAUUGUAUUCCAGUACUGCAACGCUGCACAUUAAGGGAUUCUUCGGUUUUACUACAGAACUGUACAGCAGUAUGGAAUGUUACGCUACUUACCUAUCUGCUACAUCAUGCUAUACCCAAUAAGUGAAGGAAUGCUCUUGAAUUUAAUCUUAUUUUAUUUAUUCAUAAGCUAUUUGACUUAAUUAAGACUGCAGUGAGCAGAAAAAUGUUAAAUUUUGCACAUACAGUGCAUUUAUUUUGUAUAUAGAUAACUAACUUGCAGACUGCAGCUGACUCAAACAGAAUGUUCUAAACUAGAGCAGUUUAUGAAUCGGUGAAAUAUAAAACAUUUCUACUUGCCCUAAA